AUGUCCACCACAACAAGUAUGACGCGCUGUGAUAGUGCCACUUCGAUGGGUAUCACCGAUGCUCUGGCACUCUCCUCUACCAACAAACUAACCCCCGCCGAACGAAAGUCCUUCAGUAAAUCAGAUCACAAAGCUGGAAAGGUCCUUGGCGUCACACUCACGCGCAAUCACGUGGGACAGGUGCACCACGAUAAGAACCUUUCUCCAUGCCUAUCACAAGAUCAAGAGAAUGUUCAAGGUGAUAAUAUCCUCGAGGACACUAAGGCUAUAGGUGCAAAGCGUUCAUGUAGCCGCAAUGCAAGCGCUGCCACCAUUAUUGGGCCACUUAAGGACCUUGGCCGUGUGCUCGCUUCAGGUAUGGGGAUGGUAGAGAAGCGGAACAAGGGGCGCGUGGUCGCUGGGGGAUAUACGCAACGCGUUGUCUUGGGCCUCUUGCGGUCUAAUGAAUCGCCUGGCAAGGAAGGUAAGGAAGAGCUCCCGACCAGCGUUAGCGACGACAGCGCAUGCUCGCUCCCGGAGCUAGACGAGAGUGAAGAUACCGACGCGCUCCUAAGGCGAAAUAAUGAAGAGAGGGAAGACGAUCUAUCCAUCGGUUUCCCAAGGGGCCUUGACGUCGAAAACUCGUCAGCUACACCCCCGAGUCCCGCCCUUGAGCGACGUGUCGAGGAAAUACGGCUUAGUGAAACGGUUGGACCCUUGGAUGUUUCGCUGUUUGCAUCUCUCUGUCAUACAACUAAUUUCGAGGUAUCAUCCAAUGAAGAAAGUCCGGUACUCUCCUCUGACGACUCGUUCGACGACAUGCUUCAUCCGGCGGAACGAGCUUACCUCGAUUUUUUGAUUGCACAGGACGAAGCCGAAGAAGAACCAAUGGAGGGGGGAAGGGAAAGGGCAGCAUUGCGAUCCAGGAACAAGAUGCUGGAUGUGUUGGGUCCAGAGGCGCGACAAGCGGUUGAUGAGCAAUGCUAG